GAGAGGAGGAGCAAUAACAUCCUAUUUUUCCAGCAAUCAUUUGCAGUAAACACAUGGGAUGUCGGAGGGGUGAGCAAAUCGAAUUGAAACUGAUGGUAUUGGUUUGAUUCGCUAUUUAUCAAUAAAACAGAUACUUUGGAUCAGGAUUAUUUCAAUUCUGGGGAUGAUUUGGUUCGGUUCGAUUCAAACCGAACGCUCAACCAAUGUCUAAUAAAAUGGUAAAUGCUCCUCCUUAGUCCCUAACUGAAAACUCUUUUAAGCGCCAAAAUUAAAAGGCCACACAAUUCAUUACGUUUAACAUCAAGAGGAGAUGACGUCGGCAAUCGGAUGGUACGGACCACUGAUCGAUCUCUCCAAAGCUUCUUCUCACAUCGGCGACUUUGUUCAGCUUCUCGUGGUUGUUCACCGAUGCAAUCCCGUUCAGUAUAAAUUAUCAAAAGGCGGAGAAGUAAUCAGGACAGACAUUCAGGUUGGUGAUGAUACGUUACCGUUUUUCUCAGUCUCGUUGUGGCAAAAGCAAAUGGCAACUACGGCGGUUGCCGGUGAUGUCGUAUUGUUGCAAAAUGUCAAAAUCACUAAAUUUGGAUGUGUUGUUGAGGCUAGAACUGUUCAGUUUUCAUCUUUACUGUGUCUGAUCCAUCCUUAUCAAUUGCUGCUCUCAAAAGGUGUAGAUGACAUAAUAGGGCAAUGUCGAGCUGGGAAAACAACAAUGGAAAAGCUUGUGAAGGUUAUAAAAUGGGUUCAGAGAGCUGGUUCUGCUCUGGACAGCAUUGGAUCAAAUGGCAUUGAGAAGAGGAAGCUCUCAAGGAACUGGAUGGUACCAGAACAGAGUGAAAUUUUUCUACCAAUUACCUGGAGAGCACUUGGUGACUAUGAGGAAGAAAAGAUGUUUGUUAGCAGGAGAAUAAGCAACAAUGAAGAUAGUAACAUAGUGGAAGAUUUUACUUGUAUUGGCUGUCAGUUAUGUGGUUAUCCUUUGGAUUCAGAGAAUGGGUUUAAGUUCAAGCAAAAUUCUGUUCCGCUCUAUUGUCCAAAAAGCUCAGAUCACCUUCAUGUAGCAGGCUUGAUCUAUAGGCCCUUCAUGUUGUAUGUGUGGGAUGAAUCAGAAUACAUGCCGCUAUAUGUGAGAAACAAGGCUGCAGAGCUCUUGUUUGGGAACAUCAAGGCUGAAAGAGUCUACUGCUGCUAUAAAGGGCAAAACCAUGGUCAAAACUGUAGCCAAAAAGAUCCUCACAGAGAGAGAAUUUCUAAUGGUACUGGGAAAGCUGUCGUGGAUUCUUGCUCACCAGAUGAGAGGAAACGAACUGAUAAUAAAAAUGUUAAUUUCCACUUGAUUUGGUUAAUAAUUCUAAAAAUGCUGUUGCUACCAGGGAAGAACAGUCCCUUGAAAUUCGAAGUCAGUGUGAAUGCCGAUCUGGAUAUUGAAGCUGGCAAGUUUGAAAUGGUUUCUGUGUCAAUUCCAUGCAUCAGAACCAGAUAGUGUUGAUGUUGAAGAAUGUACAUUUAACAAUAUCAUUUUUUUUUUUUUUU